UACGUUAUGUACAAGAAGUUAUUAAAAAAUGUAGAUGCUGCAAUUAGGAAGAUCAAAUUUAACCUAACCUGAUUAGAGAUCAGCUGAUGAUAAUUAAACAAACAUGGAGAUUAAUCCACUGAGUAUAAUUUUGGUAAAAAGUGAUAGCAAGGGUGACAGACUGUUAUUUCGAUAUCCACACAUGACAAAUCAUGUGAGAGACCCGAAUCAAUGCACCAGACGAAAAAAUCCUUAUUCUCUAACUAAUACUGAAGAUUUAUUGCAGUCUCUACCAUUUCCAACAUCAAACAUAAGCAAUGGGAAUUUAACAGGCUUGACAGAUGGAGUACUAUCUACUUUAUUUGCUGUUAAACCAGAAUUAUGUGAGCAAAAAUUUGAAUUGAAGGUAAAUGAUGUUCGCUUUGUUGGUCAUCCAACUCUAGUUCCAUCUCGUGGCUUAAAAGAAGUCAAUUCUUCUAUGCUAUUCAAUAUAGUGUUUGCACUACAAGCACAAGCCAGUCAUUCCAUAGUAAGGUGUUACUAUGAUUUAAGCAAAAGAUUAGGCAUAGCAUUGAGGCAUGAAGAAAAAAGGUGUGGCUUUCUAACAGAUGAGAUAAAAAUGAUGGUAUCUACUCACGAUGAAGUUGCUGGAAGAUCUGAAGGUGAAAGCGAUUGUGAGGAAUCACCAUAUGAGUUAAUACUUCAAAGAAGUUCACUUGCACGUGGUUUGAAAUUUGUGUUUAGCAAUCUCAGCACCUCUGGUAUAGUCAAUAUCAUGAUUAAUAAAUGGAUCCAAGUGCGCUUUUGUCUUCCUCAAAAGGUCCACCAAUCACAUAAAAAAGGCUUACUUAUUGAUCCUGAAAUUAUAGAUAGAUGCUUGAACAGCUUAAGACCCUACCAUGGCAUACUUUUGCUAAUUGAGCCAUUAGAUUUGUUGGAUUCUUUGCAAAUAGACUGUUCACCAGCACUUAAACGUUUGAUUCAGAUUUACAAUCCACUGAAAAGUUUGCAGACUUUAGCAGCAGAUUCGGAUCUAACACUCGCACAAGUAUUUCAGCUAACUGGCCACUUAGUUUAUUGGGCAAAGGCAACGAUAAUUUACCCGCUUUGUGAAAGCAACGUCUACGUUGUAUCUCCCGACGCCGUUUUAACCAAUCAAUUACUAGACUCUUUCUCUGAACAAUUUCCAGGAGUCUGUUUACUUCAAGUAAUUAGUGAUUUUUCCUUACCGACUUCCAUUAGUCAAAAGUUAAAUCCUCUAAGCCAACCACAGCAACAGACGCAAUUAGUAAAAAUAAUCAUAUGGCUAUUAAGGAAUCAUUUGCUUUUACAAUUGCACACAUACGUGCAAUAUAUGCCAACAGUACAUGGACGUUUAUCAGUGGAUAUAAAGGAUCAAGAUAUACAUGAUACAGACACAAUAGAAAAAAGCGAAAGCACGUGGAGUUUGAACGACACGCCAAAAGGCACACCUACUGAAAUCAAAGAAGAAUUGUCACUGACAGAUAAGGAAGAUGGACUGUACGACUAUCAAUCGGAAGAUUAUGAUAUUCCUUCCGAUGACAGGAAACUACUCGAUAGACUGUGUCGCCUUGGUUAUUUUAACGGCGGUCAUCAUCUAGAAGAAAUUAUGUAUCUAGAAAACAUUCGUAGAUCUCAAUUGUUACAAAUUCUUGAUAAGUUUCGAGAUGUUUUAAUAACUUCCGAAUGCGAGGAUCCGGCCAUCGCUCUCUUUUACAGUCAACUCGGAUCUUAAUUGUAACAAUGUAAUAUGGUCAUUAUUAUUGUUUUCGUU